GCGCGGCUUGACGCGCGAGCAGCGUGGCGCACGGAGGGCGUGUCCGCUGGGCGCGAGCCGCCCGACGUCCUGUUAGUGGGAUGAGUUGUGAGGAGAAGAACCGCAACACGGGACAACAACGACAGAGCUUCUCUCGGGACUUCUUCCUGCUUCCUUCUUCCCUUGCUUCCUUCCCUCCACCCGCAUGACUGCGUGAAGACGAAAGCGACCCAGUUAUGGAGAGCUCCACGGAGGUGUCCCAGACUGGAACCUCGAACCCCAAGCCGGUCCUGGCCCCCAAACCCCGACUCACUCCCAAGCCCUUCUCUCUGCAGAAGAGUACCGGUAUUCGCUCCAUCGCAGCCCCGAAGAAGUCCGCCGUUACCUCGAAGACAACGACGCAGCAGACGGAAAGAUCCAAGGACACAAGUGUCCCCAAACCGACUGUGACCACCCCCGCUCAGAAACCCCCUCAACAAACCAGCCCCUCAGAUUCCAAACCCAGCCCUGGAAGUGUGCUCACCAAAUAUCUGCCAAAAGCAACCGGGGAAAGCAAAGCAAGUCCACAUGGAGAGGACACUCUGGAUUCUGGUGUCGGAAAAUCUGAUCCAGUCACGCAGACCGCUCCACCCGAGGAGACGCCCAAGUCCGAGCCAAUUCAGAGAGAUGAUGUCAUCCAAGCAAACCACAAAGCGUCUAACGAUACUGUAAACUCAGCUCAGAUAGACAGAAAAAAAAAAGAAGACGAGACUUGGCCUUCUGUCGUCCAAAGUCUCACAGGACCAGGAAGUGAUGUUUCUCCUGCAGACAACCCGGCGAGCCGAUGGGGCGGCAGCAGGAAGCGUCUGUCCAUGGAGCUGACCUCAAGGUUUGAGUCAGCUGGCCUGUCUCUGCCCCCCCAGCCAGCCGGGACCGUCUCUACAACCAGCGGCAUCGACGUUGCAGACGAACCGGAGUCUUCUGAUCCAGAGCCGAGCUGCACAGCAUCAGAGCCGCCAGUCACAGAGGGCGAUGCAAGUGCACAGAAGGAGGGGUACGGCGGAGGAGGCAGCAUAAAACGCAGGAUCAGCCUCCUGUUGGACUCGUCAUCGAGGCCGGAGCCCGUGACCAAGAGAGACGAGCCGGACAUGAUGAACGGCCCCGUAAAGGGCGUAAAGGAGAGAAUCAAAAAGUGGGCCGCGGAAACAAGCCUGCAGGGUCUGAACACUGAGAAGCAGCCUCGGGCUGCACCCCGGAACCGUUCCAAGAGCUUUGAGUCAGCAGCAGGGAAAACUCCCAAAACGCCGCCCGUUGAACCUCCUGAAGCAGGGUCCUUGUCCAGCCGGGCAGUGGACUCCUCAGUGGACUCCUCAGAGGAACGACCCCCGGAGACCCCGAUGGAGGCGUCUGAAGACGCUCCAGCUGAAGUCCAGUCAUCGGAAAGCUCAAAAUGUAUGCAGGACCAAUCCACAGAGGGGGGUGUCCAACGACGCAGCUCACCUGAAACCCUCGAUGCCUCUGAUGAGGGAGAAGCUUCCGCGAGGGGAGGAGCUCCAGGCGCUCCAACGAGGGACAACGCCAAGCGGCGCUCUGUUCGCUUCGGCGUGGUGGAGAGAGACGACGGCGGGCCGCCAAUCCUCCUGGGCUCAGCGACCGAUUCCAGCGAAGAAGAGGCUUCUGAGGAUGAAGCUGAGGAGGAGAUCCCUGUUUCGGUGCCGGUCUACAAAAGAGCAGGGGGUCUUCUUCAGAAGAAGAAGGACAAUGAUGAGGAGACGGAAGAAGAGGAACGACCGAAACAUUUAGAAUUUGAAAGAAGACGGAGAGCUGAGGAGCAUGAACAGCCACGACUCAAGCAGGAAGAGGAGCGGAAACGAAAAGAAGGAGAAGAAAGGGAGAAAGAAAGGGCAAGGCAGAGGGAGGAGGAGGAGAGGGAGAGACAGAAGACGGAGGAAUGGAAGAGAGGAAGGUUGAAAGAAGAGGAGAGGAAACAGGAAAGGCUUAUCGAAGAGGAGAUGGAGAGGAGAGAGGAGAGACAACAGGAGGAGGAAAGAGAGAGGGCAAAGCAGAAAGAGGAGAGACUUAAACAAGACCAGGAGGAGCGGGGAAAAGAGAGAUUGAAGGAGGGAAGAGAAAAACAGAAGCCGAGAGAGGAGGAAAUGAAUGAGGAGAAACAAAGAGAGGAGGAGUGGGAAAAAGAGUGGGUGAACAAGACAGAGAGACUGAGAGGGGGAGAAGAGAAGGGAAGAGACUUGAUGAGGCAAAGACAGACAGAGGAGGACAGACAGAAAGAGGAGAGACUGAGAAAGGAGAGAGAAAGUCUGAGGCUGAGCGAUGAGGAGGAGGAGGAGGAGGAGGAGGAGGAGAGAUUGAUUGACAACCACAAGGAUUACAGAAUGGAGGGAAAACUGAGACAGAAGGAAAUUAACAAAAAGAAGCAGAGAGAAGAAGAGUGGGAAAAAGAGUGGGUGAAAGAGACAGAGAGGGUAAUAGAAGAGGAAGAAGAGAAGGAAAGCGAGAAAGAGUUGGAGUUGGUGAGGCAGAGAAAGACAGAGGAGGACAGAGAGAGGGCGAGACAGAAAGAGGAGAGACUCAGACAAGAGGAGAGGGAGGAAGAGAGAUUAAGAGAGGAGGCGAAAGAAAGAGAAAGGGAAGACGAAAGGAGACUCAGACAAGAGGAGAGGGAGGAAGAGAGAUUAAGAGAGGAGGCGAAAGAAAGAGAAAGGGAAGAGGAAAGGAGAGAGGAGGAAAAAAAGGAAGAGGAAAGGAGGCUGAAAGAACGGCAAGAGAAAGAAGAAGAGAUGGAGAGAAUGAAGGGAAUAGAGAGAGAGAGACUGAGAGAGGAGGAAGGAAGGGAAGAGGAAAGGAAGAGGCAGACCGAGAAAGAAAGAGUGGAAGAGUUGGAGAGGAGAAUAAGACAGGAAAUGGAUGGAAAGCGAGAACAAGAACUGGAGGAGAAGAGAGAAAGGGAGGAAGAGGAGGCAGCGCUCCUCUACGAUGACUUCUCCGUCCCUCCGGCUCUGGUCAACGUGGACUUUGACGACUUCUCGGUCAAACCGAUGAGGUGGGGCUCGCAGCCGAAAGGAGGAAGAGCGCUCGCCCACAGCUGGUCGGAGGAAGAGGAGGAGGAGGAGGAGGAGGAGGAGGAGGAGGAGGAGGAGGAGGAGGAGGAAGCUCAGGCUUCACUGAACGUCAGAGCGCCACAGCAGGUGGCAAGACCAGACCGCCCAGAGCCCACGUCAGCCCGGGAAAGUCCCCAGGAAGAAGAGGAGGAGGAGGAGGAGGAGGAGGAGGAGGAGGAACAGUUCGUCUCCAUGGAGGUGGAGGAGGAGGAAGGGGAAAAGGAGACACAGAGGGAGGAAGCGGAGGAGAUACAUGAGGAUGAAGUGGAUAAAGAAGACGAGCAGGAGGCUCACAGUUACAGCACAAAUGUCGAGGACACUGACGCUUUGAUAGAUGAGCCAGACGAGCACAACGGGGCUCGAGAACAGACAUCUGAAAUGGACAGUCCACAGCUCAUCCCUGACCGGCUUCCUGGACUCUCUGAAGACGUUCCCAGUGAGCCGGAGAACGCUCCGUUCCCUGAGAGCUCCACUCAUCUCCUCGACACCAGCGCCCAGAGAUCCAAGGCGGAUCUGGGGAAGAGGAGAAAUCGAACGCGUCCGUCACGCUCGCUACGUGGCGGUUUGGCUUUGAUGGAAAGCUCGGACUGGAGGAUCUGUGACUCCACAGAUGGAAAGGAGGCAUCUUCUAAGCUAAGAGAUACAGACUCCGAGGAGGAGCAGCCAAAACCGAAGAUCGUCUGUUCUCCUCCCGCCGCCUCUCAGAGAGUCCCCAUGUUUCCUGGUUUGAGCCCUGCAGCCCUAAUCGCUCAAAUAAAAAGGAAAACCAGUGGAGUAGGAACCGGCCAAGGAGACAAGGCAGAAGAAGAUAAGAGAAGAGGAGAGAGGAUGAGUCAGAAAGAGGAAGCAGCACAACUGCCCCGCUCUCCUCGCUCCACCGCUCAUCUGGCUGGUGCGGCUCGAGUGUUGCCCCCCUUAGCCGGCAAGGAUGGAGGAGGGGUCGUCUCCUCUCCCGCCUGGCUGAAGGAACUGAAGUCCAAGAAGCGCCUCAGUCAGUACGACACCGAGACUUGAGCCGGACAGAUGAGGAGACUCAGUCCAUCUCAGCUGCUGACAGACGCCUCGCCACGACGGCUCCAUGUUCAUCUUGUGCCUUAAUUUGGACCUUUCCUCCAUAAGCAGGAGGAUGUAUACAUAGAGGCCAUCGAGAACUGUUCUGGCAUAUAAAGGAAAGACUUUGAUGUGGCUCAUGUCAAUCCAUGUUGUAUCUCCUGCUGUCCAGAGGCUCAGUUGAGGGGGAGGACACCAGCGUAAUGCAGACAAAGCCAUGGCAAUGUGUCCGUCAUAUAGCAGGAGAUCUACCUUCACACACAUGUACAUACAAUACUGACUAUAAAUAAUGGAUUGCACCGUGUGUAUUUUAGUUUAAAUUGUACAAAAUGCCUUUUACAUCAUCUUUCCAAUCGCAGAUUGUCUCAAGUAAACUUUAAAGCACUUUAAAAAAUACAUAACAAAUUACCGUCCAUAAGCAAUAGAAUAAUCACGCACCUAGCUGUGGUCACAUGGUCAAGGGAACAUGGUUAUGUGGUCACAUGGUCAUGUGUUAUGGACCGUGAAUGACGGUCUUCUCUUUCCAGGUCCACAAAACUUAAAGAUGCACUUCCUGUUUUUUAUGAAAACGCCCAGAAUCAGGAAGUGUGUUUUGUGAAAUCUUUUAACCCAGAAAUCUGCUCCAGAUGUCGUAUGUGCCUUUUUAUUGUUGCUGUAAUCAUUUAAGAUCAACAUGCUGUAUAAUAAGAGGAAAUUGAGGGAAUUUUAUUAAACCUUUUCUAUGAAAUGCAA